CUAUCCAUUUUGAUCUUUCUGUGAAAUCCAUCUCACCUUUAUAGUGACAGGAUUAUUUGUACCACCUCCUCGCCCCUCCAUAGGUAGGCUGCGGGGAUGUUGGGUGUGUGUGCGCGCUGACAGGUAAAGAGCUGCCGUCUUUCGGUGAGUUGCGGGCAAUGCAGCGAACAGAUUUAGUAGCCUAAAUAUUCCGAAAUGAAGGUUCAUACCAACAUCCAGAACAAUUAUGUUCACGUAACUAGGCUCUAGACCUAUGGGCCGGCAGUGAGCGUGGGCGAAGAGACCGCAGGAACAAACGGGAAAUUUAACUGUCAGCUGGCCGGGAAAGCCGAUCACACCACCCGGCUUCCGGGGAUUCAGGGGCCGCAUCGGUUGACGGCAGACGUCGGUCGGUAGCUCGGGGGAAAGGGGCGAGCAACCACAUCAUCGCCGACAUCCACCUCUCGAUUUCAGCCACUUUCGAGAUGUCAAGAAAGCUACAGCGGACAGAAAUCUGCGCCGACUGCAGUGCGCCAGACCCGGGUUGGACCAGUAUCAACCGAGGGGUCCUCAUCUGUGAUGAGUGCUGUUCAGUCCAUCGCAGCUUAGGGCGCCAUAUCUCUAUAGUCAAGCACCUGAGGCACAGCGGAUGGCCUCCUGCCCUACUGCAGAUGGUUCAGACCUUAGCCAGUAAUGGGGCUAACUCCAUAUGGGAGCACAGCCUCCUGGACCCUGCUCAGGUGCAGAGUGGUCGUAGGAAACCCAACCCCCAGGACAAAGUCCAUCCCACUAAGUCAGAGUUUAUUAGAGCCAAAUACCAGAUGCUGGCCUUUGUGCACAAGCUGCCCUGCCGUGAUGAUGAUGGUGUCACUACUAAGGACCUCAGUAAGCAACUUCACUCCAGUGUGCGGACAGGGAGUUUAGAAACGUGCCUUCGACUCCUGUCCCUCGGCGCUCAGGCCAACUUCUUCCACCCGGAAAAGGGCACAACCCCACUCCAUGUAGCAGCCAAGGCAGGCCAGAUCUUGCAGGCUGAGCUGCUAGUAGUGUAUGGUGCAGACCCUGGAGCACCUGACAUCAAUGGGCGCACACCAAUGGACUAUGCUAGGCAGGCGGGCCAUGUAGAGCUAGCAGAGCGACUGGUAGAGUGUCAGUAUGAACUGACAGACAGGCUAGCCUUUUACUUGUGUGGACGGCGUCCAGAUCACAAGAAUGGCCAUUAUAUCAUUCCUCAAAUGGCAGACAGAGCUCGUCCUAAGUGCCCGACACAGAGCCUGGACCUCUCAGAACUGGCCAAGGCAGCCAAGAAGAAGCUCCAAGCGCUCAAUAAUCGUCUCUUUGAGGAGCUAGCGAUGGACGUCUAUGAUGAGGUGGAUCGCAGAGAAAACGAUGCAGUGUGGCUUACGACCCAGAACCACAGCACUCUGGUAACAGAACGCAGCGCGGUGCCCUUCUUACCAGUCAAUCCUGAAUACUCUGCCACACGCAACCAGGGCCGUCAGAAGCUGGCUCGUUUCAACGCUCGGGAGUUUGCCACACUCAUCAUUGACAUCCUGAGUGACGCUAAAAGGAGACAACAGGGGAAAGGUCUCAGCAGUCCUACAGACCCAUUGGAUCUGAGCAUUGAUGAUGACCAGCAUGACUAUGACAGUGUAGCUUCUGAUGAAGAUACAGACAGUGAGCUGACUGCACAGAACAACAACAACACACAACGCAGCAACCGUGCAAAGAGUAUGGACUCAUCAGACCUGUCCGAUGGCCCCAUCACCCUGCAGGAGUACCUGGAGGUGAAGAAGGCCCUGGCCUCCUCAGAAGCCAAGGUGCAGCAGCUGAUGAAGGUCAACAACAACCUGAGCGAGGAGCUCCGACGGCUCCAAAAGGAGAUCACGCGGAUGCAGACAGAGAACAGUGCACUGCGGGGAGGCCAGCAGGCUGGGGGGUCAGCCAGCCAUGGGGUAGGGGGUCCUGGUGGAGGAGGAGGAGGAGGAGGCUACUGGCAAGGGUGUGUGAUACGAGGUGUAAUGGGUGGAGGGAGUCUGAUUGGGUUUGGGCCAGUAGCGGAUCCUCCUGGGCUCUCGGUGCCCUCCUCGGGUGCCUCCGACUCCCAUCUCCACCGAAGGAAUCGCCAGGCCUUUUCAAUGUACGAGCCAGGGGCAGCCCCCGGCCCCACGGCCCAUGGACCCCCAGCCCUGGACUCCCUGGCAGCCCGCCUGCAGCCCCUCAACACACCCAGCGUAAGGAAAGGUAGCACAGGAGGUUCCACUCCAUAUGGAGGUCAGCAUUUGUCUGGGUCUACAGAGAUGGGCAGAUACAUGGUCCCUAAACCAGAGAAACACGGCAGUGGCACGGAUAGCGACUAUGACAAUACACAAACAUAUGAUGUCUCGCUAAGUAUGGGCCGCAGCAGUGAGGAGGAGGGUCGUGGCGAGUCUGAGGAGGGAGGCGGGGAGGCAGGGGAGCCGGACCCCACCCUGCCCUGCACAGAGGAUGUUAUACUGAAGACUGAGCAGGUUACUAAGAACAUCCAGGAGCUGCUCAGGGCUGCUCAGGAGUUCAAACACGACAGUUUUGUGCCAUGUUCUGAGAAGAUCCACUCGGCAGUCACUGAAAUGGCAUCACUCUUCCCUAAACGCCCAGCGUUGGAUGCAGUCCAUUGCUCUCUCCGCCUUUUGGCUUCCAGUGCCUCACGGUUGCAGGUGGAAUGCCGUAAGGCGGCACCCUUGGAGCCCGGGGCCCCUGCAGUGGACUACCAACUCCUCACUCAGCAGGUCAUCCAAUGCGCCUAUGACAUCGCCAAGGCUGCCAAGCAACUGGUCACCAUCACGACUCGUGAGAAGAAACAGUGACCUGACAAAUGCAUGACGGGAAGAAUGGACAGAGAAGAAGGAGAGAGGACAGAUCAGCGCAUGGGUGGGCUAAAGGGGAAGGCAAGACAGAGGGAUGAUCUGAUCACACCUUAGAUGGGAGGACAAGGGAGGGGGAGUGGCUGAGAGAAUGAUGGUCACAGUGAAGAAAGAAAAACUAGAGAGAAGUCUGGAAAGUGCAUGGAAAAGAAUCCAAUGAAAGCUUUGAUUAUUAUUAUUUUUUUUAUAUAAUAACACUACAGAGGACUGCAAACAGGAGAAAUUCCACAAAUGUGGAAGUGCAAGUAGGGGAGAACAAGUGGAAGAAGCCAACAUGAGAACUACAGCUUGAAGCAAACUAAACUGUUGGAAUGAGAUGUGUAUAAUAAACUGCUUAAAGUGUGAAAAGCAUACAUGAAAAACAAUGGUGGCCAUGUACAGUGAACUGGAUCCCGAAAUGUUACUGCUUUAUUUAUUCUCACCUGUCACUUGUCAUUCCUCCCUCUCUGUCUAAGCUAACCAGGGAGGGACGAAACAGAUGCUGCGAGAGAGGAAAGUAGGUAAAUCAUCCAUGACAUACUGCUCACCAUGUCCAACCUGCGAGGAGUCAGGACAUUCCUCGUCUCCUUUCCUCUCUGGCCCACUCCUUUGCCUUCCUCUCUUUCUCCAGCUAGACAUGGGGCCCCUCUGUCUCCUAUCUCAUCUCAAAUAGGAUGAGCCCGUGGUGCAGAGAAGGACCCCUGAGACCCAUCUAGCUCAAACCCACUCCACCCCCCACCAUGCUUCCUCUUGGGUUAGCUUUGGCAGGGGUCAGCUCCCCUGUUGUUGGUGGUACACAGCAUGAUCUGGCAUGUUUUCAUUGCUUUCUUCUCUCUUUUUCUUUGUUUUAAUUUUUUUUUCUUUUGAAUAUGCAGAUUGGUUUGGUCUGCACCUCUAAGGACAAACAGUACUGACUUACAAAACACUUACACUGGAAUAAUUGAUUUAUUGUUAUUGUUUAUCAUGCCUAUUUUUUGUAUUGAUAUUUUUACUGACUGUCAUCUUGAUUUAACUGUUUAUGUAUGUUUAUUUCAUUGUCUCAAAUAUGAUUCUCAUUUAGUGGAAUAGGGAGACGGAUGGGAGUAUGUGGUCAGCUUCUUGCUGGGAUUUAAGGAAACAUACAUACACAUAAACAACCUGUGACAUGGUCCUCAACAUUUCUCAAGCACUCCAUUUCUGGGUGACAGUUGAGGUUUUUUUGUUUAGUUUUUUGUUUUUAGUUUUUCAUGUUAUGAUGCAUCCUAUGGCCAAGCGGUUGAACAGUUUGCCAAAGGGGAGAAUGUUUAGAGGGAGAGUUGUUUUUGGUUUUGAGUUUCUGUCAGAUUAAAAGCCCCUUGGUGCAUUAUGAUAGGACCUGGAUCAAAAUGCUCUUUUCACAUAUCCUCAGCUGUCAUUUUGUGCUUGAUUUAUCUUACAAUUUGCCUCAUUUAACAGAGCCAGUGGAAUCAUCUCAGAAUCAACCCCAUAUUCAUUUCUGCUAUGCCAAGCAGGAUACUAAAAUCAGGCACACCAUUUGGUUCAGUUUGCGUAUGAGGACUAACCCCCUGUCUUGAUUUAAAGCAGUAUGUUAUUUACAUGGCGGGUGUGCUCCUGGGUACUUGUAUUACACCGCAGCUAUAAUUUGCGUGUGUGUCAGCACACUAUGACAUACCCAGUAUGUUGCAGUUAAGCUUUAAGUAGACCUGUGGAAGCACUACAUCUAGCAACCUGGAGCAUCUUGUAUGGAUGAGGGAUACUCACUGCAUUUGUUCAUUUGAAAUUGAUUCAUCCACCUCAAGUGUGCUUGAUUUAGUUUGCCACGUAUCACGCCUCCUUUUUGAUAGAUUGAUUCUCUGUCCUGGUCUGCUGAUCUGGGCCACGGAGCUUGUCACUUGUAGCUCACUGUCUCUAAACUCUGCCAGUGGGAGAUAGCAUUGAGAACAAAGAUGUUUUUUUUAGCCUACUGUAGGUUUAAAUCUUGUACUGUGCUGGACAAAUAUGGUCAUAUCUGUAAGGAUGCCGAUGGAAUCUUAAAAAAUCUGUCCGAGCCUGCCAGGAGGGCCAUCCUCUUCUAUUUCUGAUUCACCUCUAACCUUUCUGCAGCUCAUUUCUCAAAGCGUUUGUGGCUUUAAUAGCUGGCGGUUCAUUCAUUGAUAUAUAAUACUGCUCAUUAAAUUUACUGAUAUGAAAUACUGACCUCAUCCCUUGAACACAGUUACAUCAAAUAUUUGUUUCUUUUUAUAUUGCUGCCUUUUUAAUAAGAAGCAAUUAGCCCCAAACACAUUGAGAAGUUGAUGCUCCACCACUGUCAGCACUUCUCUGCUCAAUUUAUUCAUGUUAUGUUUCUUCACUUUUCCCCCUGAUCAUCACUUGGGGUGUCUGACUGUCGGUGUUCAUCGGUCUCUCACGCAGUUGUACACAACGUGUCUGGAGAGGGAGGCUGGGUCGUUUGCACUGUUCCCUGUCGAAAGGAAUCAUGUCCAGAAGACUCUUGAAAUGUUUCAUUGAUACAUUGAUUGCCUUUGCACAUCAUCAUCAUCAUCUCCUGUUUGGCUGAGUCACAGUGA